AGUCGGAGCCCACACCCCCGGGAGGCCAGACCCGGGGCACGGGCUGCGUUCCGUGACGCGCACGGCGUGGGCACAGGGUGGGUGGCCGCGGAGCGUGUCUCGGCAGGAAUGGAGCCGGAGCGGCUGCAGGCGGCCCCAGUGAACUCAGUCUCUCCCUGGAUUCAGAGCCCACAGGCGUCACUACAUUGAACUUCCUGGCCACCUGGAGUGGGAGGGGCAGAGGAGGAACCGGGCCUGGGGGAGGGGCAGGCUGCAAACAGAGAUGGACUGAGCCCCCGGGCACCAGGCCCGCCCGCCGAGCUCUGCCCCGCACGGACCUGGCACAGCCGGAACGCGGGCGGGCAGUUUGCCUCCUGCCGGGGGUGCUGCGGGCGACGUGGGCCACGGGCAGCCUCGGGACAGCCUGCCAGUCCCACAGUCCAGCCUCCGUCCCCGCACCGACAGGCUUCUGUGUCCCGGGCCACGACUGCGGAGCCCCUCAGCUCCUUGGCAGGUCCAGACAUCUACCCUGGGAGAGAAAUGAGAUGAAACUCUCUUUCUUGUCAUUGUAAAAAGUAUUUGAAUUCCUAAGGUGUGAUAAGGCCACCCAGCCAUCCACAGUCAAGAAUCUUGACCAAGGACUCCAGAGGAUGGAGGCCCCCCAGUGGUGGCUGCUGGUCCCUGCGCUCCUGGCUGUGGGCCAUUGCCUGGCCCUGGCCAACCAGGAGGAUUCUGGCCCCAUGGACCCCGGCCCCCUGGACGUCCCUCCCGGGCCGGCCCUGCCCUGCCACAAGCUCUCCGUGAGCAACAUAGACUUUGCCUUCGACCUCUACCGACAGCUGGCCUCGGAGGCCCCCGGAGAGAACGUGCUCUUCUCCCCCGUGAGCAUCUCCUGGGCCUUGGCCACGCUCUUCCUCGAAGCGCCCGCCGCCAGCAGGGCCCACCUCCUGGAGGGCCUGGGCUUCAACCUCACCCUGGUUUCCGAGGCCGAGAUCCAGGAGGGCUUCCGGGACCUGCUGCGCAGGCUCCCCGUGCAGGGCCCCCAGCUCCUCCUGACGCUGGGCCAGCGCAGGUUCGGCGGCCUGGGCCCGGGGGCUGCCCCGGACCCGGCGGGGGCCCUGCACGGCAUCCGGGAGUACGUGGAGAAGCAGACCCGGGGGCAGCUUGGCGCCUGGGUGGACGGACUCAGCGAUGCCACCGCGGAGGUCCUGGUGAGUCACCUGCUCCUCAGAGCCGGGUGGGCGCGACCCUUUGACCCGAGAGCCACCAGCCUGAAGGAGUUCUUUGUGGACGAGCACAGGGCCGUGCCGGUGCCCAUGAUGCGGCAGAAGGCUCGCCACCGCUUCCUGCACGACCCCGAGCUGCAGUGCACGGUGCUGCAGAUGGAGCACGCCGCCGGCGCCACCACCUUCUUCGUCUUCCCCCAGCGGGGCCGGCUGCGGCAGCUGGAGGACGCCCUGCUGCCCGAGACGCUGAUCAAGUGGGACAGUCAGCUCAGGACCAGAGAACUCGAUUUCUACUUCCCCAAGUUCUCCAUCUCCAGCAGCGCCAGGCUGGAGCUGCUCCCAGGAGCGGCUGUGGGCGGAGGCCUCCCCGAGCCCGGACUGAACAUCUCGAAGGUUGCACACAAGGCUGCGAUGACUCUGGAUGAGGGGGGCACAGAGGUGGCUGCCGCCACCAGCAUCCAGCUCACGCCGGGGCCGCGCCCCGACCGCGACCUCCACGCCUCGCCCGCUCCAGACACGGAGUUCAACCGGCCCUUCCUGGUGAUGACCUUCCACACGGACACGGGGAGCAUGCUUCUCCUGGGGCGGGUUGUGAACCCGCUGGGGUGCUGUGCCGGGUGACCCCGAGAGCGGGCCGAGUCAGCAUCCGUGUGAAAGGCCACGGCCAGCGUGGCUGCCGGGUUCAAAGGCUCGGAGAAAGAGCUGCCGCGCAAAUUAACACACAAGACAAGAAAUGAUGAUUUUGAAAUUAUGGGGGGAAGCCAGGGAAAACUCA